AUGAACGGCGCUCUAGCUGCUAAUGAGACUCCCAAGCCGACAUUGUCCACCUCCAAGGCGACCAAGACGCAGUUCAAGCGGCUGAAGAGGAAGGCCAAGGCCAAGGCCAAGGCCGCCGCGGCUGCAGGGCCUACGCCAGACACCACAGGUGCUGUCGAUGAGCAGGUGCGUGCGAUACAAAGAGAAGGGUCAUGUGAAGAGCGUCUUGAUCGUUAAUCUGACGCGCAAUCAUCGCGCCACAGAUCAAGGAAGAGUCGGUCGCACCGGAAUCGACGACGAUGACGCUCAGUGACCACGACAACAACAACGACGACGACAGCAAGCACUCUAAUAUGGCCGUAGAGCCAUUACCCGAACUCCUGGCUCCUGAAUUCGCCCACAUUUUUGCCCACUUCAACCCCGUCGAUCCCGAACAGGUCAGUGACUUGGCUGCCCGAGGCGUGUCGUCGCGUGUGCCUUCUGUCGUACAGUCACUGACCAUACUCGAGCGUCAUCACUAUGGCAGGACGAGGACUCGAAAACAACCGGCCUGCCAGGCCAAGACGGCACCAAGGGUGAAAUCAUCUAUUCGGACGACGAGAUGCCCUCGGACGACGAAGUCGACGCUAACGGCGACCCGAUCGUUGCCAAACCGCUCUCCAAGCGCAAGCAGCGCAAAAUGAACCGACUGUCCGUGGCUGAGCUCAAGCGGAUCGUCAAGAAGCCCGAGGUCGUCGAUUGGGUCGAUGUCUCAGCGACCGACCCCAAGCUGCUGGUCCAGAUCAAGAGUCAUCGCAACACGAUCCCCGUGCCAGGACAUUGGGCACAGAAGAGGGACUAUCUGCAGGGCAAGAGGGGAAUUGAGAAACCUGCGUUUCAAUUGCCGAGUGAGUUUUCAGAAGUGCUCGUGUGAUGUCCAGUCUCCUUGCGAUUCGGCGCUGACGUCCGGUCGUUCCUUCCUAGCUUUCAUCGCCGACACCGGUAUCGCGACCCAGCGAGAUGCGAUCAAGGAAAAGGAGGAAGGGCAAUCGCUCAAACAAAAGACGCGAGAACGCGUGCAACCCAAGAUGGGCAAGAUAGACAUCGACUACCAGAAACUCCACGACGCCUUCUUCAAAUUCCAGACCAAACCGCCCAUGACCGCGUUCGGUGAAACGUGAGUCUGGGGCAAGUCUGGGGCAAUCCUGAUAUGAGGGCGAGAUACGAGAGAAGCUGAUCCAGCCUUGUGCUCUUCGUCACGACAGAUAUUACGAAGGCAAAGAGUACGAAACAAAGCUGAAGGAGAAGAAGCCAGGAGAUCUUUCGGAUGCGCUGAAGGAAGCGCUGUCGAUCCCGCCGCUCGCACCACCCCCUUGGCUCAUCUCGAUGCAGAGGUACGGCCCACCACCGUCGUACCCGAACUUGCGUAUCCCGGGAUUGAACGCACCGAUACCCGAGGGAGCGGCAUGGGGUUUCCAUCCUGGAGGAUGGGGCAAACCACCUUUGGACGAGUUUGGUCGACCGCUCUACGGCGACAUCUAUGGCGUUUUGGACCAGAACCAGCAGGAUCAAGGCGUGCCCGUCGAGAAGGAUAUUUGGGGCGAGUUGGAACCGGAUGAGGAGGAUUCGGAGGAAGAGGAAGACGAGAACGAAGACGAGGACGAGGCCGAGGGAGAACGAGAAGGGGCUCAGGCCGCACCUGCGGAUGGGCUACAGACGCCGUCAGGGUUGGAGACACCUUCUGGAUUCGCGUCCGUCACGUCGACCGUACCGGGCGGAUUGGACACACCGGCCUUCCUCGACUUACGGAAGCAGAGGGAACAGACCGAGGACGACGAUGGGCGUCCCAAGUCGCUAUACCAGGUCAUUCCCGAACGAGAAGCGAGGAUGCGAGGCGUCAUGGGCUCCGACCGCGUGUACGACGUUUCUGGACUUGGUGCGGGUGGGCCUCCCGUAUUGGGGCAGGAGGACCGGGGGACUAAGAGGAAGGCCGGUGGGGUCGAUAUUGCUCUCGAUGCGGCCGAAUUGGAAGGUCUGUCCGAGUCCGAUCUGCGACAACGGUACGAGGAGAGCAAUAGAAGAUCGACGACGGGGCAGCAUGAGGACUUUUCGGACUUCGUCGGCAAGGAAGUGGCCAAAAGGAGGAAGACGGCCGAUGCCAAGAAGAGAGGUGGGGGAGGCAACGAGGGCAAGGACAAGGACAAGUUCAAGUUCUAG